GGCGUAAUUGUAGGGAUGGUGGUGGCCUAUAGGAUACUCUUCUAUGCUGCUCUUCGACUCAGGAGCUCCUUUAUGCGAAAGUAGUAGAGAUUCAGGAACAUGUUUCCUAAAGAGAGAGAGAGGGGGUGGGGGGGCGGGGGGGGGGGGGGGGGGGGGGGGGGGGGGGGGGGGGGGGGGGGGGGGGGGGGGUGCGCGAUGAGGCGGAGGUGUACAGUAACUUGUUUCGCCCCUGGUUGUAUAUGGGAACCUCCUCUGGAUAGGUCUUCUUCUGAGGAGAUCCAACAUGCGACGGAAGUAGAGGAGUCAGAGGACAUAGGAGUUGUACAAAUUCUUAGCUCCUUUAUGUCACAUAUACAGUAUUAACUUAAUCAAUGGCGUCCUUGAUGGCCAUUAAUUUGUUUUAACAGCAGUUACUUUGAAAUUCGUUUGUGAGAGGGAGUGCAGUAGCAGUGGUACAGUGUGUCGGGGAGCUUAGGGAUUCGACCCAGCUAUUCGUUUGGGCUGCAACAGUUAGUAUGUUCUUGGCAUCCUACGUCACGAAGUUUGCCAGGGGUAUCGUGGCUGACGAGAAGGCAUGAAGAAUGUGCUCCUCGAGUGCAUGGUUCAGCAUGGCGUGCGAAGCAGGGGGGUUUGUGGCGCGCGAUGGGUCGCUGGUUAUUAGGAAUUAGGGCCGGAUCCCACUGGCAAAGAGGAUUGGAAGAAGUGGGUGAAUCUGGACGUGUUCCAGGUAGAGGUGCAGAAAAGUAGAUCAAUCACAAAUUUUCGCACCUGUCCGCAAACACGGCCACAUUCAGACACUUACUGCAAUCCUCUUUGCCGGUAGGAUAUCGCCCUUAGUUGAAAGGUAGGGAGGGAGCUUUUUGGACUGGGCAGGGUGGCUUCGCCCGGUUUUGUGUCCGUUUCUUUUUUUUUUUUUUUUUUUUUUUUUUUUAACUGAUCAGAACGGAUACUACACUUGAUCUUAGCCAAAAGGCCGAGACAGGUAUAGUGUUGUCUCUUAUACACAUCUAGAUGUGUAUAAGAGACAGCGUGAAAGCGGCGCGCGUAGACAUGCUUAUCGCGAUGUUGGGUCUUCGCGAAUGUGCGGACACACGGAUAGGCAACGAGCAAGUCCGAGGGGUAUCAGGGGGAGAGAGGAGGCGCGUCUCCAUCGGUGCGGAUCUGAUCCAUGACCCCGCCGUUCUGUUCCUGGACGAGCCGACGUC